UCGGCUUCGGCUUCAGCUUCAGCUAUGCCGAAGCGUGGCAGAGGGAGGAGCAAGAGACCAGACUCGGUAGGAUCGGGCUCCGAUUCGGCCGAGUCCAAGCGCUCGAGGAGCGUGGUUUCUUCUUCUUCGGAAGAAAGCGACGGCACCAUGAGCGUGAACAGUACGGAAUCACGUUCGUCCACCAGCGUGCAGGAGGAAAACCUGGCACAGUUUGUCACCGUCAACCGGCGACAACGGAAGGCAGCCUCGACUACGAAGCCUUCCAAGACACCAGCUACGCCCGCCGUUCCUGCAGGGCGUACAUUGGCUCCGGCUCCCGUAUCGGCGGUGAAAAUGCCUCCGAUCACCGUGAAGUCGUUGCCAGUUGCUGUCCUGCGUCCGGAACUGCAGGCGCGAGGCAUCACAUCAGAAUUCCGUAUCUCCGACGUAGGCACGUCGAUUACGGUCCGAUCUCCUGCUGAACAGCAGGAGGUCCUUAACUACCUGCAGCAGCGGAAUGCAGAAUAUUUUUCGCAUGACGCUAAAAACAUGCGUCCCUUCAAGGCGGUGCUUCGUGGGCUUUCGGAAACGGACCUCGCGGAGAUCGUCAGUGAGCUGAAGGAGUCUUACCAGCUCGACGUUUUGGAAGCGUUCGAGAUCAAGCGCCGCGCAGGGGGCAUACAAACCAGGUUGUAUCUGGUUCAUUUCAAGCGAGGAACGUGCUCGCUUAAAAAGCUGGAAGCAGUACGGUCAAUUCAGCAAGUCAUCGUGCGAUGGGUGCCGUACCGCGGAGGGAAGAAAGGCCCGACGCAAUGCCAUCGAUGCCAAGCUUUUGGGCAUGCACCGAAGUACAACCUAGCGAAGCGACUACAGGACAUCAGGAACGCUCCAGACACUCCAGCUAAAACUCCAACCACAACUCCAGCCACAACUUCCGCGGAAGACUUGUUCAGCCCGGAAGAACUCUUCGCUAUAUUUAGCAGAAUGCUCCCGAAGAUCCGCCUUUGCCGCAACAAGGGAGAACAGCUCGCCGUUAUCGCAGAACUGCUGAUGCUCCUUCAUUGACCAGGCACUGCGAGUCAUCACAUGGAAUGCUCAGUCCGUCCGGGCUAAGCAAAUUCCACUCGGCGACUUCCUUGUCUGGCACAACAUUGACGCAGCGCUAAUAGUGGAAACUCAUCUCAAACCUGAGAUCAGUUUCUUCUUAGGCAACUUCACCAUCCAUCGUCUGGAUCGCACCACCUCUCGAGGCGGCGGCGUUGCCAUCGCGAUCCGACGUGGAAUCCGGCACACACUACUCCCGCACUACAACACCACCACCAUAGAAGCAAUAGGCGUCCAGCUCCAUACCGACACCGGUCCACUGCAGCUUACGGCAGUCUACUGUCCGCGGCAGUGCACCCUGUCGCGAAGAGCUACGUUCCGACAAGAGCUACACAUCAUCACCAGCAAUCCGGCCCGUUCACUCAUUGGGGGUGAUCUCAACGCCAAGCACCAGUUGUGGGGCAACGUACGGAGCAACACGAACGGAAUCACCCUGGCGGACCUGUCGCAGCAUGGGAAUUUCGUCGUGCAGUUCCCCGAUGAUCCAACACACAUCCCCAACCGAGGUAUCCAAUCAGUAAUAGAUAUUUUUCUUUCUAAUUUCAUUUGCAGCAAACCCCGCACUAUCGAUGAGCUGAACUCAGAUCACUUCCCGGUCUUAACGGAACUGAAUCUGAAUGCAACCAGACAUCCACCAGUACUGGGAAAGGACUAUUGCAACACCGACUGGGCUCGCUUUGGGAGAACUGUGGACCAGCUUAUCGGCAACAACGAUGUGGAAGCUGCGAUAACUGAUAUUGACGCAGCAAUCGCCCGGUUCGAGGGUGCCGUCAAAGCAGCUGAAGCGGAGUGCGUCCCGGAGAGGAGUGUUCGUGGUGUGGUUCUCGUUCUCGAUGACCACACGCGGUCACUCAUCGCCAGACGUAAUCUGCUGAGGCGGCAACAUCAGCGGACUGGAGACUUGUUGCUGAAACGCCAGGCCGCGCAGCUUUCGCGUAUCAUCCAUGAGCGAGUAUUGACGAUCCGCAACAACAGAUUCGAGCGUAUGGUUCAAAGGCUACCUCCCCAUGCACUCAGCUUCUGGAAAACUGCAAAAGUCCUUCGCACCAAACCCAGACCAGUUCCACCACUCACCAUAGCCACGAACCAGACGGCACACACACCAGCAGAAAAGUCCGAUGCACUUGCCCUCCAGUUUGCCAGUGCUCAUCAGAUCGGUCUGUCGAUGCCCAGUCCACAUGAGUCAUCUGUGGCUGCGACGAUUGACCGACUCGAUGAGGACGACCUACCCUUUCCACCCAAAGACCAAACCACCAUAGCAGAAGUGAAGGCUGCAGUCAAAAGAAUGAGGAACAUGAAGGCGCCCGGCUUCGACGGCAUAUUCAA